GGUCUCUGGCAGGAUUGUGAAGAUUUGGCCAGCUUGGUUUCAAGGCCAACUGGCAAAGUGCAAGUUGUGAGAAGCGAUGGUGAUGAGGGCCUUUGUCCUGCUGGCUGUCUUUGUGGAAGCCUCAGCGAGAUCUUGCACUCCGAAUAAAGCAGAUGUCAUUCUUGUGUUUUGUUAUCCCAAAACCAUCAUCACCAAAAUCCCUGAGUGUCCCUAUGGCUGGGAAGUGCAUCAGCUGGCCCUCGGGGGGCUGUGUUACAACGGGGUCCAUGAAGGGGGUUACUAUCAAUUUGUGAUCCCGGAUUUGUCACCUAAAAACAAGUCUUACUGUGGAACCCAGUCCGAGUACAAGCCCCCCAUCUACCACUUCUAUAGCCACAUCGUUUCCAAUGACAGCACAGUAAUUGUAAAGAACCAGCCUGUGAACUACUCCUUCUCCUGCACCUACCACUCCACCUACUUGGUGAACCAGGCUGCCUUUGACCAAAGUCCUUAUGCAAAAUUCUCUCCCCUUUUCAGAGUGGCCACUGUUCACGUGAAGAAUGGGAGCAUGGGCACAUUUGAAAGCCAGUUGUCUCUCAACUUCUAUACUAAUGCCAAGUUCUCCACGAAGAAGGAAGCCCCUUUUGUCUUGGAGACAUCCGAAAUCGGUUCAGAUCUGUUUGCGGGAGUAGAAGCCAAAGGGUUGAGUGUCAGGUUUAAAGUGGUUUUGAACAGCUGUUGGGCGACCCCGUCAGCCGAUUUUAUGUACCCCCUUCAAUGGCAGCUAAUCAACAAGGGCUGCCCCACGGAUGAAACUGUCCUCGUACACGAGAAUGGGAAAGAUCACAGGGCCACCUUCCAAUUCAACGCUUUCCGGUUCCAGAACAUCCCCAAACUCUCCAAGGUUUGGUUACACUGUGAGACAUUCAUCUGUGACAGUGAGAAGCUUUCCUGCCCAGUGACCUGUGACAAGAGGAAGCGCCUCCUCCGGGACCAGACAGGGGGCGUCCUGGUGGUGGAGCUCUCCCUCCGUAGCAGGGGAUCCUCCCAUCUCUAUAGCUUCUCAGAUGUCCUCUAUCACCUCAUCGUCAUGCUGGGGAUUUGUGUCGUGUUGUAGGAAAUCGCCAGGCAGCCAGCAGCAUCUCCUCCACCCAACAUCACCUCCUGUGUCUGUGACAAACUUUUAUCAUGCUGCCAGCAAGAACCAACAGAAGAGCAUACUGUUGGGAAGCAGAG